AUGCUCGAUCCGAGUGACAAAAUGUCGGGCUACGCCGAUGACGACGGCAGCCGGGGAUCCUCGCCGGGGGGAGAAGGAGACGGCCAGCAGAAGAAGACGUGCGCCGAUUGUGGCACAAGCAAGACCCCUCUAUGGAGAGGCGGCCCUGCCGGUCCCAAGUCGCUUUGCAACGCGUGUGGGAUCAGGAGCAGGAAGAAGAGAAGGGAUAUACUAGGGUUAAACAAAUCGUCAUCCACCGAGAAGAAAUCGGCGGCGAAGAAGGCUCUAACUCAUGGCGGCGGUGGCGGAGGAGGAGGGCAUAAUGGUCACACCAGCAGUAACAAGCUGGUGGGAAACGGGCUGAAAGCGAGAUUUGUGGCGUUGGGAAGGGAAGUAAUGAUGAAGCAGCAGCAGAGAUCGAAGGUGGAGAAGCAGAGAAGGAAGUUGGGGGAGGUAGAGCAAGCGGCGGUUCUGUUGAUGGCGCUAUCUUAUGGCUCUGUUUAUGCCUAA